AAGUGGGCGGAGGGUCAGGUCCCGAGGAGGUCAUGGCGCUGGCCGCGCGCCUCUGCCGCUUUCUGUCCGCGAGACGGGGCGCAGCCCCGGGACCGCGGCCUCCGACGGGCGCAGCCGGCGGGCGCGGCGCGGGCGGGCCGGGGCGAGUCCGCGGCUCCGAGGUAGGCGCCGCCCGGCCUGCAGGGCCCCGCUCUGCAAAUCAGAGCGAGCUUUUCGGGGACCACUGGAGGAAGAUGGCGGUGGAAUCUCGCGUCACCCAGGAGGAAAUUAAGAAGGAGCCGGAGAAGCCAGUCGACCGGGAGAAGACGUGCCCGCUGCUGCUGCUGCGCGUCGUCACCACGAACAAUGGGUGCCACCACCGCAUGGACGAGUUCUCCCGCGGGAACAUGCCGUCCAGCGAGCUGCAGAUCUACACCUGGAUGGAUGCCACCUUGAAAGAACUGACUAGUUUAGUAAAAGAAGUCUACCCAGAAGCUAGAAAGAAGGGCACACACUUCAACUUUGCAAUUGUUUUUCGGAUAUUAAAAGACCUGGUCAUCGGAAUCCCUACGAUAGCUUCAUGCUUACACAUUGAGAUACAUCAGAGUCUUUCUAAUUUUCUUUGCUUGUAUAUGAAAGUGCUGCUUAGAAUCUUUGCCAUGUGGCUUGGAAGACCUACUUCCUAUUUUUUCAUAGGCUUCCGAGUUGAAGAAAUCCUCCAACAAGCAGACUACCUCUACGAAAGCGGGGAGACGGAGAGACUCUACCAGUUGCUGAUCCAGCACAAGGACAGUGAAGAUGCCGAGUUGCUGUGGCGUCUGGCGCGGGCAUCCCGGGACCUAGCUCAGCUUAGCGGAACCUCAGCGGAGGAGAAAAAGGCCCUGGUGUACGAGGCGCUGGAGUACGCGAAGCGGGCUCUGGAGAAGAACGAAGCGAGCUUUGCGGCCCACAAGUGGUGUGCCAUCUGCAUUAGUGACGUCGGAGAUUACGAAGGCAUCAAGGCUAAAAUCGCAAACGCCUACGUUAUCAAGGAGCAUUUUGAGAAAGCAAUUGAAUUGAACCCUAAAGAUGCGACUUCGAUUCACCUAAUGGGCAUUUGGUGCUACACGUUUGCGGAAAUGCCUUGGUAUCAGAGAAGAAUUGCCAACAUGCUGUUUGCAGCCCCUCCCAGCUCCACCUACGAGGAGGCCUUAGGCUACUUCCAAAAGGCAGAGCAAGUGGAUCCAAACUUCUACAGCAAAAACUUGCUUCUCUUAGGAAAGACAUACUUGAAGCUACAGAACAAAAAGCUCGCUGCGUUCUGGCUGCUGAAGGCCAAGGACUAUCCGGCCCGCACCGAGGAGGACAAGCAGAUGCAGAGAGAAGCCGCACAGUUGCUCGCAGAGUUCAGUGGCAAGAACUGAGCAUUUCAGAGACGCAGCGCACGACACCUAGGGUGUUGCCCUCCCACCAACUGUACGCGUGUGAACACGACUGGCCUCGGCUCUCAGUGCCAAUGACGUGACCAUGUGACAACUUAAAUACACAGAUUCUUCACAAAUAACAAGGCAGAAGCAGUAACUGCUGUGAGGUGGUGGCGGUGUCCCGUGGUGGGGGGCCGGUUACUGUGCGUCUGGGGUGCCAGCGUUCCAGGCAUGGCAUUUGAGAACCAAUCACAUGGGAUGGAGGGGCAUGUUUCCAGUUGGUGGCUCCAGCUGAGACCCUGCAGAGAAGGGGCAGUGGGGUGAGGAGGUUGGGAGUUGGGGUGCUGGGCAUCAGUGAUGUAUCGGGAGGGAGCCCAGGUGGGUCUCUGUGCAUGCUGGGACUUUGUCUCACAGCGGGUGGUCUGUGACAGGACAGAGCCCAGGUCUGUUCCCUGAUGGGGUAAAAAGAACACAGCUCAAGGGAGGAAUGGGACAUGUUUAAACAGAGGCAGACGAUGCUGUGUCCUCGGGCUGGUGCCCCCGGCACUGUCUGCUGUUUGUGAAAAGGACCAUCUUGAAUGAGGGUCCAUGGGUGACUCCCCGAGGUUUAGGGGUGGUGUCCCUGUGACUGGGGCACGCGGUGUCUCAUGUGUGCUCUCAAACACGAAGGGAAACAGUGGACUGUGUCUCUCUGUGUGCGGUCACAUGUAGAUUCUGCCUGUGUGUGUGUGUGUGUGUGUGUGUGUGAUCACAUGUGGAUUCUGUGUCUAUGUGAUCACAUGUAGAUUCUGCCUAUGUGUGUGUGUGGUCACACGUAGAUUCUGCCUCCGUGCGUGUGUGUGUGUGUGUGGUCAUAUAUAUCCCUCAUCCUUGAAUUAAGUGCACACGAUGUAGUUCAUCCCGAACACUGCAUCAUACAGACCCCUUCACAGUCCAUUACCACAGCUAGAACCUUAACCCAGUCCCCCCUCAUCAUCUCAUACCCAGACCUUUAAGUGUCCUCAAAUGUCACAAUGUCUUACACUUUUUAAAGCCAGGAUGCAAAUGUCACACCUUGCAUUUGAUUUCCCAUCUAUAGUUUGUGAAAUACGAAACACUCCCAUCUUUUUUUUUUUUUUUUAUAUUUUAUUGAUUUUUUACAGAGAGGACGGGAGAGGGAUAGAGAGUUAGAAACACCAAUGAGAGAGAAACAUAGGUCAGCUGCCUCCUGCACACUCCCUACUGGGUAUGUGCCCGCAACCAAGGCACAUGCCCCUGACCGGAAUCGAACCUGGGACCCUUGAGUCCGCAGGCCGAUGCUCUAUCCACUGAGCCAAACCGGUUAGGGCUCAUCUUUUUUCUUAGCAGUGACUGUGUGAAGUGGCCAGGCCAGCAGUCUUAGAUUGUCCCUUGUUCAAUGGACCUUACGGAACCUACUUUGAGAACCAGUGGUCCCGUGCCCUUCACGCCCGGUUGGUUGUGUAUGUUGGAUCUUCUCUGUCCAACGUUGUUUACACUUUCAUUGGAGUGGCUCUGAGGCUGCUUUCUGAAGAGGAGCCCUUGUUGGGAUUAACAGGUGAGCCGUGGGGGGUGGGGCGUGGGCAGACUGCCCUCUGCCGAGUGGUCUCUGGGAAGUGAGGUAUUGCUCAGUAAUAAAGCCUUUUGCUGCGGAGAA